AUGUUCUCAUUAGCGCUCAAGCGAUUUGUGUCACGGAGGGGAAGACCAUCUAUAAUAUACAGUGAUAAUGGUACCAAUUUCAAGGCGGCAAGCCGCGAACUUAUCGAAUUGAGGAGGUUCAUUUCGAAUCAUAAAGAAGAAUUAGAAGAAUCUUUCGGUCAAAACGAUUUCAAUUGGAAAUUAAUUCCCCCUGACUACCCUCAUUUUGGCGGGCUGUGGGAGGCAGGAGUCAAGCGAAUGAAAUACCACUUACGCCGGUUAACCAAAGAUUUGGUAUUGACGUUUGAGCAUUUGAACACCUUACUUAUAGAAAUAGAGGCCAUUCUAAAUUCCAGACCUUUAUUCCCGCUUUCCGACUCACCCCACGACCUACUCCCUUUAACACCUGCACACUUUCUGAUAGGAAGAUCAUCAUCUUCAUAUUUCCACGAACCAGACGUGACACAUAUAGCAGUGAAUAGGCUGUCAUUGUAUCAACAUCUUACACAAGUGAAGCAACACAUUUGGAAGAGAUGGUCCAAGGAGUAUAUUAGUGAGCUUCAACAACGUACGAAGUGGAGGUCGAACCAUGGCUCCCUCAAAAUCAACUCACUGGUUUUAUUGAAGGAAGACAAUGCUCCCUUAAUGCAUUGGAAGCUGGGAAGAAUAGAAACCAUCCACUUUGGUAGCGACGGAGUUGGAAGGAUUGCGACGAUCAGAACACAGGGUGGCGUAGUCCAGAGAUCGUUUCCUAGGAUAUGUCCAUUGUCCAUCGAAUCUACCGAAGAUCAUUGA